AUGUCAAGAGAGCUAUGGACUGAACUUGAAAGCAGAUAUGGACAAAGCAACGGUCCAAUGGAGUAUCGGCUGAAUAGGAAACUUGCAUCUCUGUCACAAGGUUCUUUAGAUCUUUCUACGUAUUUUUCAAAAUUGAAAAGGCUAUGGGAUGAAUUAGCCUGCAUUACACCUGUUCCAAAAUGCACAUGUACCCCAGGAUGCACAUAUACUGCAGCAAAGGAGAGUGCAGAAAUCAAAAGUUCAGACCAGCUUAUGCAAUUCCUAAUGGGAUUGAAUGAUACCUACGACCAUGUGAGGAGCCAAAUCCUCAUGAUGGAGCCCUACCCCAAUGUUAACAAAGCAUUUUCCAUGGUUCUUAGAGUUCAGAAACAGAAUGAAGAGGACACUGAACCACAGUAUACGUCUCAAAAUGUGGCAAUGCAAGUUUACAAGAAACCAGAUUUUUCAAGAAACUUUCAAAAGAAAAGAAAUUUUGUUGACAAGAAGUCACAAGUGUGUAAGGAAUGUGGCAAGUCAGGGCACCUCAAGGAAGUAUGCUUUGAAAUUCACAGGUACCCGGACUGGUACAAGAACCUAGUAGAACAAAGAAAGAAGAAUGCCAAUGGAACCAAUAGAGUUGCUGCUGUCAUGGAGAAAAGGGAAGACACCAAUAAAAUGAUUGAUGAAAGGGAAAUAGCUGAGGUUUUGAAAACUGAAUUGCACAAGAUCCUGGGAGGACUAAAACCUCAUACACUAGCACAUACUGAUGCAAAUUACAUUGACUUUUCAG